UACGAAGGUGAACGCAUCGGUUUAGCGGUACCAACUGAGUGUGUGUGUUUGUGUGUUUAUGUGUUCAUUGUGAAAGUGAAGCUCCACGGAAACAGAAUAUAGACAUCCUUGCGCUCCAAAAGCGACACCUUUCCGUGCUACAAAAUGGUCAAUACAAGGAGAAACCCUUUUCGGAGUGUGACCGGUGGUGGUCUGGUGCUGGCGUGUGCGGUGGUCGUACUGUUGUGUUGUGCACUCGAUACAGCGACCGGUCAACCGAUCGAUAUGAUCGAUCAGCUCGGUUCGGAAAGCCGUCGAAUGUUCUACAAAAUGCUCGAGUAUCUCGGUGACUACGAUGAGCUGGACGAUGAUGGACCGCAGGACCGGGAAGAGAAGGGUGGUUCCCUACCGCUGCAGACCAGCAAUCGGGUCGAGGCGGCCGGCCGAGACGAGCAGUGUAAAUUGCCACCGCGGCGUGGUGUCUGCCGUGCCCUGCUACCCCGCUACAGAUACGACCCGGACCAGAAAGAGUGCAUCGAGUUCAAGUUUGGCGGGUGCGAUGGCAACGCGAACAACUUCAUGUCCUACAAGCAGUGCAUGGAUGCGUGCAAGGGAGUGUAGAUCGUCUACCGCAGCUGCAGCUGCUGCUACGGACAUCCGCAUUUCGCCAGGCGUAUGCCAGGGCCACUGUUGACGACAUCGUUAGUGCCGGCAUUAGCAGCCAACAUGAGUGUCGUGCCCCCACCAAGUGAUAUGUAGAGUUUAAGUUUAGCGUUCCAUUUUUGUGUUGCUGCUGUGCUCUCAAGAGCAGAAGUAUCGUAGUUCGAUAAGCUUUCCACUCGAAUC